ACCAGCGACGCUGAAUCGCAAGGAUCAUCGUCCAAGGAUGAAGAUGAAAGAGGCGAUCCCGGCAGCCGAGGAGGGGGCUUUAGAAGGAUCCGGAAACAACCUCCAUGUUGUCCAGGUUGGGACGGACGGAGAAAGUCCCCUGCGGGUUAAAUCGGAGCCCGAGGAAGGGCAGUUCCAGGUCUGGGAGACUCAGUGGCAAGAUUUCGUGAAGGAAGACGAGUUCUCUCGCCCCGUAUGGGGACACACGCCACCAUCUGAGGCCAAAUCCUGUCUGGUUCCCCCAGCGGCCCAUCUAGGACCCCCUGGUAGGAACUGGGUGGAGGGGCUCCAACCCGCUCUUCCAGAGGGGAGGCGGGUGACGUUAAAAACCCUGAAAGCUGGGGUUCCACGGGGGAAGGAGGACUUGGCGAGCAACGGGACCAUCCACGCCGAAGUCCAGCGCCAACAUUUCCGGGGGUUCUGCUACCCGGACGCUGAGGGGCCCCGCCGGGCUUUCCACCAUCUCCAGGAGCUCUGCCGUGGGUGGCUGAAACCGGAGAGGAACACCAAGGACCAGAUGGUGGACCUGGUGGUCCUGGAGCAGUUCUUGGCCAUCCUGCCGACCGAGAUGCGAAACUGGGUCCGGGAGCACGGGACGGAGACCGGCUCCCAGGCGGUGGCCCUGGCUGAGGAGUUCCUGGCGAGGCAGGAGGAGGCGGAGAAAUGGGAAGGAGGCCAGGUGUUGUGCCCAUCUGACGGAGAGGCCGCGGGUGCCUCUGAAGAAGACCCGAUGUUGCUGGAAGCCGACAACACAGAGCCGUAUGGACGCAUCAAGCAGGAGAGCGCGGGAGACGCCAUGUAUCUGGAUGAUGAUGAUGAUGAUAACGAUGAUGAUGAUAGACUGGUGGACGAGUUUGAUAAGGAAUCGCAAGGGGUGCCAUUUGAGAAGCUGGAGUACGUGGCGGAAGACGAAGCAGCUGAUCAUCAAGCAGAACCUGGGGAGCAGUCGGAAGAUGAACCGCAGGAGUGGAAGCAAAAACCUAAAUGGGAGCUGGUGGAUGGUGAAAUUUGCAGGGUCACUGUCCCCGGCGUGUUAUCCAAGGGGCUACUAAAGCACGCGUGCCCAAUUUGUGGGAAAGCUUUCACCCGAAAGUCAAGCCUGAACAGACAUCUAAUAAUCCAUGCAGGGGAGAAGCCCUACAAGUGUUCCCACUGUGGGAAAGGCUUCAACCGGAAGACGUACCUCCUGGCCCACGAGGUUGGCCACGGGGAGGAGGCGUCGUACCAGUGCUCGGAUUGCGGGAAAAGCUUCAAGCUGAAAUGGGGCGUUACUGACUGCCAGAUCGACCCCUCUGGUGUGACAGUGUACAAAUGCUCGGCUUGCAAGAAGGGCUUCCAUGGGGAAGAGGAAUCGUAUCAGUGUUCGGACUGCGGGAAAAACUUCAAGCUGAAGUGGGGCAUCACGACCUACCAGGUGGAUCCUUCCGGAACAAAAGUGUAUAAAUGUUCAUCCUGCAGGAAGAGCUUCCGGCGGAGAGCGAGCAUGGCGAAGGGAAAGUCGCCGAAUGAGGAAGAAAAGGAAGCGUGGCAAAUGCCCCGGGAAAUAUUCAAGGCAGAAGAUCUCUUGAGCAACCAAGAGGAGCCGGAGAAGGCGGCGAGAAACGAGAGCAGAGAAAUAAAUUAUCAGUCCAUUAUAGGUCCUACGGGGGAACUCUGUCAAGUGAAAUCCCAGUCUGAGUUCAACAAAAUUAAAAGAAGGUGCCCCUGUCCAGUGUGCGGGAAAAUAUUUGCCACCCAGUCGAGCGUCAACAGGCACCAGAGGAUCCACACGGGAGAGAAGCCGUUUGAGUGCUCCGACUGCGGGAAAAGCUUCAACCAGAAGACAACCUUGUUGAAACACGCGGUGGUCCACACGGAGCAGAAGCCGUACCAGUGCUCCGACUGCGGGAAAAGCUUCCGGCAUUCCUCAGCUCUUCUGGUGCACAAGAGGAUGCACACAGGCGAAAGGCCUUACAAAUGUUUGGUCUGUCAGAGGAACUUCACCCAGAGCGCCCACGUGAUCAAACACAUUGUGAGGAAGCACACGCGGGAGAAGCCGCCGACGGGGCUGUGUUUCUCAAAAACCUGAGAGCUGAGGCAGGAUUUUUUUUCUCCCUUUGAACUAAAAGAUGACCAAAGCUGAGAAGCUAGCAUGUAUCGUUCACAAAGAUAACUUCUCAUCUUGGUUUCUGCAGAAAUCUACUUUUCCUUUCAAGCAAGCUUUUCCUCCUCCGACAAGUAUGCAAUACAGUAGGAUCCCCAUAUCCACAAAGGAUCGGUUCCAAGCCCCGCCCCCCGUGGAUGCUGAAAAACACAGAUUGUAGCGAACUCUGUUUUAAUAGCAAACGCUAUACAUAGCAUGAUCU